UCGAUGGCAGUGAGUGUAAAGGUCUUGCCUUCUCCCAAGUGUUUGUUUGAUGAUCCCAUUCAGAUUAAAGUGGAGGGUCUCUCACCGCUGCAGGAGGUCACUCUGAGGGCAUCCCUGACUGAUGAGAAUGGGGAACUUUUCCAAUCCUUUGCCUACUACAGGGCUGAGAGCAAUGGAGAGCUGGACCUGACAUGCUCCUCAGCCCUGGCUGGCAGCUACUCUGGGGUAGAACCCAUGGGACUGCUGUGGUCACUGGAAUCUGAGACACCCUUCAAACGGUUGGCAAAGAAGAAUGUCCUCACCCCUUUCUAUGUACACGUGGAAGUGUUUGAGGGCCACGAUAUCACCAGCCAGCUCCUGGACAAAUGCAUUAAUGAGCGGAAAUUUUUGGGAGAGGGGGUGAAAAGGAUUCCGGUCAGAGAAGGUCGGCUUAAGGCAACUCUCUUCCUGCCUCCUGGAUCUGGUCCAUUCCCAGGACUUAUCGACUUGUAUGGAACUGGAGGAGGUCUUGUUGAGUACAGAGCAAGUCUUUUGGCUAGCAGGGGCUUUGUUACACUAGCUCUCGCUUAUUUAGCCUUUGAAGAUAUCCCAGCUCUCCCAGACAUCCUCGAACUGGACUAUUUUGGGGAGGCUGUGGAGUUUUUGCGGAAGCAACAGCAGGUGAAAGGUACCGGGAUCGGAGUUUUGGGCUUAUCUAAAGGGGCAGAUCUAGCCCUUUCUCUGGCCACAUUUCUGCCAGGCAUCCAAGCAGCUGUCAGCAUUUCUGGAUGUGGUGUUAAUUCCUUUAUCCCCCUGCAUGUUAAUGGUUUCACUAUUCCUCCCCAUCCGGGUGACUUUGGGAGGAUGAAGACUGUCGGUGAAUCUGGAAUGAUAGAUUAUUCAGAAGUCCUGGACGAUCCUAGGGACCCAGCCACUUGGGCCUGCCGCAUCCCAGUAGAGAAAUCCCCCGCCAAGCUCCUCUUUUUGUCGGCGCAGGAUGACAGAAACUGGAAAAGUGAGCUCUACUGCCGAGAAGUUGUUCACCGCCUUCGACAGUGUGGGCGAGAUGUGGAGUUUUACUGCUAUCCUGGGGCAGGGCACCUCCUGGAGCCACCGUAUUUGCCUUUGUGUCAGGCCUCAAUUCAUAAGCUGCUUGGGGCAUGCAUGCUGUGGGGAGGGCAGUGGAGAGAGCACGCCCGGGCACAGGAGGACGCAUGGCACAGGAUACAGGUCUUCUUUCGGCAACACUUGCUGGACUCUGAUGCCAUCAAGAGUAAUCUAUAG